CAAAUGAGAGAAAUUUCUAAAGUUUGAAUGUUUCCUCCUCAUAAGCACAAAGAUUAAAUAUGGACGCAGGAGCAACUGUAUCUAAGUUGGUAAGAAUACAAUAUCAAAAUUAGUCUUCACGAUUUAUCUGUCUAUAUCUUAUAAUCAAUGAUAUUAGAUUUUUUAUACAAUUUAUCUGUUUAUAUCUUAUCCAUACUAUCCAUACUAGACCUUUUAAUAUUUAAGACGGGUGAUAUUCACUUUACAAUAUCGCCAAUGAGAACUUGUAUCAAUCAAGCUACACAAGGAUGAAAUGGAAGUUGAGCAAAUUAACUAGCCUCAUCCACGAAUUCACCACCCGUGACCGAAGAACAUCACGACAAAUUCCCCUUCACGGGCUGCACACCAUCACUAUAAACCUCACUGCUACUGCAACAGCUCACUGUGAGCAAAUAGCCAAUCAAAAUGGCGUCGUCAAAGCUCUGUAGCAGCGCCGGCGUGCCAUUCGCUUUCGUAGCGGCCGUGGUGCUCCUGGCGGUGGCACGCGAUGGGUGGGCUCAGACGAGCCUGUGCAACAUGAGCGAGGACGGGAUUACGGCGUGCAGGCCGAGCAUCAGCGCCGCGAGGCCGCCGGCGCCGGAGGAGAAGCCGGCGGAGGCCUGCUGCUCGGCGCUGAAGCAGGCCAACCUGACGUGCCUGUGCUCGUACAAGAACUCCGACCUGCUGCCCUUCUUGGGCAUCGAUCCAAAGCUGGCGAUGCAGCUCCCAGCCAAGUGCAACAUCGCUCCUCCCCAGCAAUGCUGAUAAGGAGCAGAUUUGGUUGCCCUGACCGUGCUUUUGCCUCUUGUCUGUAUCUGUUUUUCUUCGUUGAAUUGUCAAAUGUAUCUUUAGUAGAAAGUCAACUGUCGUUCGUAUUUAUCUUUUGACGUCAUAUGUUCAAUUCA